AUGGCGCGCCCAGGCUCCCGCGCUCGCCGCCCGGCCAGGUCCCCCGAGCCUGCCGCCACGCCGCGCCAGGGCUCCCGCCUCCGGACGCCGCGCCGUGGCCGCCGGCUGCGCGUCCAGAGCCCCUCCCUCGCCUCCGCCCGCCGCGCGGCCGCGGCCGCGGCGCCGGCGGCGGCGGCCCCGCCCCCGGACACCCCGCCGCUGCGGUGGCCCGUGGCCCGCGGGGACGGCGCCGCGCCGUGCGGUGCCGGCGCGGCCGCGUCGGUGAGGAAGAUUGCGGCGGCUCUUUGGCGCGUGCAUCCGCCACAGGCGCCGCCGCCGCCGCCGACGGAGUCCCGGGAGCCGCCGCGCCGACGGUUCGAGCCUAGCCCAAAGCAGUCACAUACACCUGAUCGUUGCAAUUAUUAUAAAGCACUUCUUGAAGGUAGGGCAGGAAGCAAGCCUCUUGGCAGCGGCACCAUGCAUGAGGUGGGAGCUUACUCUCCAUCUCCUCGAAUUGAAAUGGAGGUGGCAACAAAAUGGGACCAUCGGGGCAUGAACAAUUUGAAGGGUGCUGAUGGCGAUUUGUGUGACCAUUAUCCAGUGUCUGCCAAUGCAGAAAUCUCUGCACUAAAAGCAGAGCUUUUGCAGGCCCACAACCGGAUCCAUGAGCUUGAAGCUGAGAGUUGGUCUGCAAAGAAGAAGCUUGAUCACUUGGUGAGGAGCCUUGCUGAGGAAAAGGCAUCCUGGAGGAGCAAGGAGAAUGAUAAGGUUCGAAACAUCUUAGAGGCUGUUAAAGAGGAACUGAACCGAGAGAGGAAGAAUCGACAAAGGGCAGAAAUCAUGAAUUCCAAGUUGGUCAGUGAACUAUCUGAGCUGAAAUCAGCAGCAAAGAGAUAUUUACAAGAUUAUGAAAAGGAAAGGAAGGCUAGGGAAUUAAUGGAAGAGGUGUGUGAUGAAUUAGCAAAGGAGAUUGCGGAAGACAAAGCUGAAGUUGAGGCUUUGAAGAGUGAAUCAAUGAAGAUGAGAGAUGAGGUGGAGGAAGAAAAGAAGAUGUUGCAGAUGGCAGAGGUUUGGCGUGAAGAGAGGGUACAGAUGAAGCUUGUUGAUGCAAAGCUGACACUGGAAAACAAGUAUUCACAGCUAAGCAAGCUUCAGUCUGACGUUGAGGCUUUUCUCAGUUUCCACCAAGGCAACACUGUAAACAAAGAAACACUAAGAGAUGGAGAAAGGCUCAGGGAAGCAAUUUGCUCUAUGAAGUUUCAUGACAUCAAGGAGUUCUCUUACAAACCACCACCUCCUUCAGAGGACAUUUUUGCUGUGUUUGAGGAACUCAGAGACAGGGAUGAUGCUAACGAGAAGGAGAUUGGACAGUGUAAUGGAGGUACCCCCAAGAGGCAUGCAACAAAGAUCCAUACAGUAAGUCCGGAAACAGACGUCUUCUUGGAAAAACCAUUGAACAAAUAUUCAAACCAACCUUGUGAUAGAAAUGAAGAGGAUGAUGAUAGUGGAUGGGAGACUGUCAGCCAUGUUGAUGAGCAGGGCUCUAGCAAUUCACCAGAUGGAAGUGAACCAUCGGUAAACGGGUGUUGUGGUGGAAAUGACGCAUCAGUGAGUGGAACGGAUUGGGAUGACAAUUACGAAAACGGCAGGUCAAACAGCGAGAUCAGUGAAGUUUGCUCAACAACAGCGGAGAAGUACCGGAAGAAGGGGUCUUCUUUUGGCAGACUCUGGAGAUCGUCGAAUGGCGACAGCCAUAAGAAAACGGGAUCCGAGUUACUGAAUGGCAAGCUCUCAAGUGGUAGAAUGUCAAAUGCUGUUCUUUCUCCCAGCUUGAAGAACGGGGAGGUGUGCACAGUUUCUCCCAGCGUUGGAGAGUGGAGUCCAGACCUGCUAAACCCUCAUGUGGUUCGCGCCAUGAAAGGGUGCAUAGAAUGGCCCCGAGGUGCGCAGAAGCAGAACCCGCAUGACCUCAAGUCCAAACUCAUCGAGGCGAAACUCGAUGGCCGUAAGGUCCAGCUGCGUCAGGCACUGAAGCAGAAGAUAUAGCUUGCCAAUUCGAGCGAUCGCAUGCAUUCAGUGGCUGAGAACAACAUUUUCCAUGCCUGCUAAGAGGUGUCCUCAUCUGGAGCAGGCAGGCACCUACCUAUACGGUAGAGGAAGUGUUGCAACAUUGACCCUCAAAGUGGUGCUAUCAAUGGCUGUAACUAAUCGAUGUUCCGAUAGCACAUUAGCUUCUUUAGAAGAACCAGGUGCUCCACUCCAUGUAAUCAAAUGUAAAACUAAUAUUUUCAAUCAAUGCAUUAUUCGGUCAUGUUAUAUUAUUAGC